GAAAACAAAUGAUGAGUUGCGCAGGCAGAUUCUGUUCAUCCUCUGUCAGGCUCUUAACACGGAAUUUUUACCGGACGUCAGUCAGAAUGUUUACAUAGAGGGAAAGCUGUACCCCAAGGAUGAAUUGACGAACGUGACACCCAACAUUUUAUCAAAGACUACACGCCGAUUGCAUUUGCAACCACGACAUCCUAUUUCAAUUCUUCGUACCUUGAUUGAAGCACAUUUCAACGAAUUCCAACAUUUCAACUCAUUCAGUCCCGUUGUCACGGCAGCACAGAAUUUUGACGAUCUUGGAUUUCCCGAGGAUCACCCGGGUAGAGGUGCCACCGAUAGCUAUUACGUUAACAAAUCCAUAAUGUUAAGAACUCACACAUCAGCUCAUCAACUUCAGGCUUUUAGAUCGGGCGCCGAAAAAUUCUUGAUUAGCGCGGAUGUUUAUAGAAGGGACGAAAUUGACUCGUGUCAUUAUCCCAUCUUUCAUCAGAUGGAGGGAGCACAGAUUUUCAAUAUGUCGAAUGUGGCCGAGGAAACAUUACGCGACAUAGAUAAAACCGCCUUCCAACCGACAGAGUCCAUAAGCACCGAUGAUGAUACAGUCAUCGGAUCCAAUAAUCCAAUACAACCAUGUCAUCCCAUUGAGGCAGCGAACGCAGCCACCAUGCACUUAAAACACACACUGAAUGUCAUGGUUAGGAGGUUGUUCAAAGAGGAAAAGGAUUUAAAGGUUAGAUGGAUCGACGCAUACUUCCCUUUCACGAGUCCAAGUUGGGAGAUGGAAAUACUUUACAAGGGAAAAUGGCUCGAAAUCUGUGGAUGCGGGGUGGUUAAACAGGAAUUACUCGACAAAGCGGGUAGACCGGACAAGAUAGGCUGGGCGUUUGGAUUGGGUCUGGAACGUAUCUCCAUGAUAUUAUUUGACAUACCUGAUAUACGUCUGUUCUGGUCGCAAGACUCACGCUUCAUGGAUCAAUUCAAACCGGGUGAGAUUACCAAAUUUCAAGCAUUUUCAAAAUACCCUUCGUGCACCAAGGACAUUAGCUUUUGGAUCAAUGACGAAAGAGAACAGGGAUUUCACGACAAUGAUUUUUGCGAAGUCGUGAGAGAUGUGGCCGGAGAUCUAGCGGAGCUCGUAGAACUGAUCGACGAUUUUACACAUCCGAAAACCAAGAAAAGAAGUCUAUGCUAUAGGAUAAAUUAUAGAUCCAUGGAUAAGUGA